AUGAAGACAGUGUGGAUCGGGUUCAUGGAUAUCGUUCCCGUCAUCGGGACGGUAAAAGAGUCAGUGGAGUUGGUGUUGGUUCUGUACGAAGGGAAUAAAGCCGUGAUAAAGGAGAAAGAGAAGGCCCUUGAAAACACUAUGGAAGUGUCAUUAAAAACACAUGUGAAGAAGUCGACUCUUCCUGAUAUGCCAGCAGUAGCUGCAGUAGCAACAACAGAAUUUUCUGGACUCAAAAAUGUGACAGAGGUCAGAAUGGAAAAUAUUAUUGAAUAUAUGGGGAAAGGUUCCAAAAAGGGAACAAAACCAUCUCAAGCUCAUCAGAGAGAGAUAAAGAAAAGCGCGGAGGAUAUUAAGUGUAAAGUGUUAGCAAACAGUCAUAUCAUCAAUCCAAUGUUCAAUCAGGAUCAGGGGGGAAACCUGAAAAGGCCGAAAAGAGGCGAACACGUCUUCAAUAACGCCAUCCUAAAAUUUCAUUACAACGUGCUGACUGAUUUUAAACGAACCCGUGGUGUGGAUCUUCUACAAGGAUAUGAUGACAAUGUUCAGCAGGCAAUGAACGAAUUAGGCAGGCACCCACUUCCACAAAGCACAGCAACAGAAAUUCAGACAAACAUGGUGGCUUUCUUUGAUAAUAAUGAAGACUACGUGGAUGCGAAUGCAAUCCCGUUUGGUCGAUAUUGCAGAGAGCUGCAUGAAGCUUUGUUAGUCGUGCUGGGCCACAUAAACCCAGUCGAUGUGACAGACGAGGAGGGAACAAGGGUGGAAACUCUCCUAAAUGAUAUGAAUAACCUUCAAAUCUAUGUGGACCAAGCGGCAAAACAAAAGUGGAUUGGCAAUAAUCCGGGUAGACAGGCCCGGUUUGAAGCGGUCGGACAGCAAGUGAGCCACAUGUUCAGCAUGGGUCAUGUUUUUAACUGGUGUCACCGCAUUAUGCGUCAAGUUGAACCUUUGUUUAACCAGAGAUCGUGAGAUUAUUUCUCGUGCUCAGGGUUGCCAGAUCUUCCUUUCAUAUUCAUAUUCCAUCCCAAUUACAUCCUAAAUCCCACAGACCUGAAACUAACUCAAAAAACUUUGGACAUUGGAAGAAGCACACACCAGUGUUUCCUUUCCAAACAGUUCACCGUGGGAAAAUUAGCAAUAUUUCCAACACACCUAGAGUUUAGGGUUUUAUCAUCCAAUUUCCUCUCCCAACCUCUGCAGAAAUGCUUCUGUACAUGUUUCUCUACAUUACACUUUCCCUUUGUUUACGACAGCCAGUGGUUUUGUGGAAAACAUAUUUGCUUUAAUUCUGAUAUUUUAGCUUUAAAACAAUAUCGUGGUUUUUAAAUUUUACUUUUAAAAAAACCAACAGUGCUAAUUUCCAACAAAAAGAUUAAUGCACUCAG